CUCAAACCCAUUCUCAACUUCUCCACUAAAUUAAUUGACAUUAUAUUCACCACCGAGAUCAGGGAGGUUUGUAAUCUAUUGAUAAACAAACCCUAGGAGUCGAAACUCAGUGGAAUCUAUAGAUAUUGAGAAACCAUGUCUCUAAAAGAGCAGUUAGAUAACUUCAAGAAGCAGCAAGUCAAAUGCCAAACUACUCUUUCAAACAUUGCUUCUUCAAGAGCUGGUGGUCCUUCUUCCUCUUCUUCUUUGAGGCGGCCCGUUCCUGCCGCGGCUUUAAGUCACAACAAACCUAGUGCUCCACUCAAGUUUUCUAGCGAUACAGAGCGACUUCAGCUCAUUAACAACGUCAGAAAAGCUCCUGUUGGUGCUCAAAUCAAGCGUGUCAUUAGUCUUCUCUUUGAGACAAGGCAAGCCUUUACGCCAGAGCAAAUAAAUGAAAGGUGUUUCGUUGACAUGCAUGCCAAUAAGGCUGUUUUUGAUAGUAUGAGAAAAAACCCCAAAGCUCAUUACGACGGAAGAAGAUUCUCUUACAAGGCUGAGCACAAUGUUAACAACAAGAGCGAGCUUCUUUCUUUAAUAAAUAAAUAUCCUGAUGGUAUUGCGGCAAAUGAUCUCAAAGACGCUUACCCUAACGUCAUGGAGGAUUUACAGGCACUGAAAGCUUCGGAUGACAUCUGGUUGCUAUCAAACUCACAAGAGGACAUUGCGUACCCAAAUGAUUUCAAGUGCGAGAUUACGGUUGACGACGACUUUAAAGCUUUGUUCCGCGAGACAGAGGUUCCUAGCGACUUCUUGGACGUGGAGAAGGAGUUAAAGAAGUACGGUUUGAAACCGGUGACAGACACUGCAGCGAGGAGAGCUGCUGAGCAGAAGUACGGGAUACCAAUUAAUCAGCCGAAGCAUAAGAAGAAGAGGAAACAAGAGAUCACCAAGAGAACAAAACUCACUAAUGCUCAUCUUCCUGAGCUUUUCCAGAGCCUUAACGCCAGCACUUCCCGGAACUGAAACUCAUUAAUGGAUGUAUGAUUAUGUGAUUAAAUAUUAAAAACUGGUCCCUGACUUUUUUAUUACUCAAGAAAUAUGUUACAGUGGAGGAGAACAAACUAAUUGUAUAUGUUAUGAACUUAAGAGUUUACAAUAGAGAAGCCAUUAUCUCCUUACUUCAAGAAAGGACAUACAUCCACACUGCUGUGAUUUUGCUGACUCUACACACACUUUAACAACUACACCUUUAAACCUUACCUCACUAAGAGCACCCGCAACGCUAGGUUGGUAGGAGUUCUUGGCAAUGUUUUUUAGGAGAAAAAAUAUUAUAAUAUUCGUUUUUAGGUUUCUGUGCCCCAUAAACCUCUUGCAUAAGGAUUGAUUCAUGCGUAAGUUCGUAACUGUUUGCGGGUCCCACUAUGCGUGCCGGCCCGCGAUUGGACAACUUUUUUUUUUUUAAUUCGGACGAAAAAACAUAAAAUAUUCUAAAAGUUAUUUCUUGGUUAUCGAGCCGUCGGUUCAGAGUUGCGGGUGCUCUAACAACUCUACCUAGCUAUAGACUUAUAUCAACAGUUCACUCAUUUUGUUGGUUUAACUAAACUAAUACUUCUUAACUUUAUUCUUUGUGACCAGUGUCACAACUCAACUCCUCUUUAGCCUCUCUGUUGGUUCUUACUUCUUCCCAUCAUUGACUUGCACUUCAAACUUUCUUCAUUUUCUUUUGUUCAUUUGUUUAUGUUCCUUCUUCUCACUUGAUUCCUCUUUUCCUUUGUAGGUUUUAACCAAAGGUUCAAUUCCAACACACACUUUCUAGAAAUUCACCAUCUCUGGAAUCAAACACUCAAAUAACAUGAUUUUUUGUUUGAGCAAUCCUACAACUUGCAUUUUGUUUCAUAUAAAGUGUAGACCCAUAAAAAACAUAUACUUCUAUGUAUCCAUUUUGCAAUGUUGGGCCCAUAAUUAGACAAGACCAAGCCCAAUAUAAACCGAACAGGGUCAAACAUGUCGGAAGCAGAUAAUUUCUGAAAACCCUACCUCAAGCUCUCUCUUUUUUUUUUGUCUGUCAAUUAGACAAAAAGUGAAACUCUCUCAAGUGCGUGUGCUCUCCGCUGGUUCCUUAAAAAGCAAUCGGCACACGCUUCUCCACUCCGAUCUUCCUCAUCUCUCAAUCAAUCUCAGAUCGUUGAGAGAUGGCAGAUCGAUUGACACGUAUUGCUAUCGUGAGCGCAGACCGUUGCAAGCCAAAGAAAUGUCGCCAAGAGUGUAAGAAGAGCUGUCCUGUGGUCAAGACAGG